GCUCCCCGGGCGCCCUUUGGCUGCCCCCUGCUCCAUGCUGUGCUGUGUGUACUACAUACUCCAUUUAAACCAAUUGGAUUUCACCGAUGUCAUCGAUCAGCACAAUUUUUUUCAACUACAUCUGACCUUUGGUCAGCCAGUGCAAUCAGUCAACCCACUUUUUGUGAAAUGUGCCUCCUGUGUUUGCUUAGGAUGACUGGGAUAUCUACAGCUUUCACAUCAACUUCACAGUGACCAGUUGUUAUGCCACCACUGUUAUCACGAGCCGUGUGGCCAAUCGUAUGAACGAGUCAAAGGAAAUUGAAUUCCACGUUCGGAUUCCCCAGAAUGCCUUCAUCAGUAAAUUUCGAAUGGGCAUUUUUGGGUCGUCUUCAGGUUUAUAGAUGACCAGAUUUAUGAUGGUGUUGUGAAAGCUAAGGAGCAAGCUCAGCAGCAGUACACUGAGGCUGUGUCCCGUGGUGAAAGUGCUGGUCUUGUCAGGCAUGGAUAUAUUUCUAUCCAACUGCUGACCAACAGAAAAUGUGUGACAGCUGUGGAGAGCAGGGUAUGAAUGGAGAUCUGGUUACUGUUUAUGAUGUCAACAGGGACAAUGGACUGGGACAAAUCAAGAAAUCUGCUGGGUACUUUGUUCAUCACUUUGCUCCAUCCAAUCUUCCCAGAAUACCAAAAAAUGUUGUCUUUCUUAUUGAUCAAAGUGGCUCAAUGCAUGGCAAAAAAAAAUACAGCAGACUAGGACCGCGUUAAUCCACAUUUUGAACGACCUGGCAGAAGAUGACCUCUUUGGUCUCAUCACUUUUGUUGGCAACAUUUUUCAUUGGAAACGGGAACUUGUUCAGGCCAACAGCGAAACCGUGGAAAGUGCCAAGCAUUUUGCAUGCAAUAUUCAUGAUAGAGGAUCCACAAACAUAAAUCAAGCAGUGCUACAAGGAGCAAAUAUGCUGAAUGUACAUCACAGAGAAGGUUCAGCAUCUAUCCUGAAGACCCAACCUCAGGGGAGACAAAUCUGGAAAAAAUACAGUCAAACGUAAAACAGGCGAUUGCAGGCAAAUUCCCAUUGUACUGUCUGGGUUUUGGUUUUAAUGUUAAUUUUGAGUUCCUUGAGAAAAUGUCGCUGCAAAAUAAUGGUGUGGCACGGCAUAUUUAUGAAGACUCUGAUGCUGAUUUAAAGCUUAAGGGUUUCUAUGAAGAGGUGGCAACUCUUCUAUUAACAGAUGUGACAAUGAUCUAUGUGGGUGGGACCAAUCUAACCCAGACUAACUUCAGUCAGUAUUAAAAUGGUUCUGAGAUUGUGGUGGCCGCUCAGAUCACAGACAAUGACAUUGAAACCUUCAUCCCACAAGUUGUGGCCAUUUCGGCUUCAGCUGUCUGGACCCGAAAAAGAGAAAGUAAAGAAGGAGGCUUUGGAGCUGUCACUGAAAUACAACUUUGUGACCCCUCUCACAUCUAUGGUGGUCACAAAGCCUCCAGGAGAGAACACAGAUGUGCUUCAUAAACCAGGACGAUGGUCCAGUGUCGGUCAAUCAGUUUCAAGAAAAUAUUUUUCUUCUAGUAGACCCAUGUCUGGCAGUCACAGUGUCCUGAACAGGCCACUCACCGGAGGGAGAUAUCGUCUAGUUCCAAACUUCUCACAUGACAUUGUUAAAGUGCAGCGCGGAGCUGGUGAAGGAGCACAUCACUUCCCCCUCGUGCAGACCAGAUCUGUUGGAGGAGGUCCUCUUCUCCACAGGUUUUUGCUGAAAGCUGAGAAUCAGACUAUUCCACUGUGCUUUGAUGUCAGCGGAGAAGACCUCCUUAAACUUCUUCACCAUCCCAGUGGGGAGCUGUUUGUGAAUGGUGAGCUUGAUUCAGUUGCAAAUGGAGGCUUCAGCAAAAUUGUAAUACACUUCAGAACUGACCAGCAUGUUGAGAUUGGCACCAUGGGGGUUACUGUACGGGAUGGACAGACAGUGACACAUCACACUGGGCAGGAUUCCAUCAGAGCUGGAAGUGUGACAGUGAUAAUACGCAACAAGGAAAUAGGCAUUGCAGCUGGAGACAUGCGCCUGGUCAUCUUAGUUCAUGAGAAGAAUGGUGAAAAAUUCCUUUGGCCAGUUUUAAGACAGCAUCCCUCAGCCAACAACACUGAAGGACUUUUAGCUCUAAAACCAGCAGUUUAUGAGGAGGUACAGCAAGUUCAUGUCACAAAGCUAAAGAUUAAAAGCCAGGAAAUAGAUGUUACCAGUGGCAGCACUGUUGACUAUACCGUUACCUCCCCACCCAGAAUGAACUGCUGGCUUAUGUCUGCUGAGUCUGCCCUGCAAAGACCGCUGGACGAUUUUUACGUUGCACAACUGUGA